AUGGACAGGGUGACGGCCGGCCCGGGCGGCGUGGCGCCCCACCUCAUAUCUCCGGAAGUGGACAUGACCGGCUUCUCGGAGGACGACCUGCGCUUCCUGGUGCUCCGCUCCAGGCUGCACUCGGGCGAGAUGCCGAUGCAGGGGGGCCAGGGCCUGCUGGCUGCCGAGCACGCCGGCCUGAGCCGCCCCUCGCCCCAGCUGGCGUCCGGCAUCCCCGGCACGGUGGGCGUCGCGGCGCCCGGGGCGGGCUUGAUGGGCCCCCAGGGGCACCCCAGCGCGGGGCCCCUGCUGCUGGGCACCGGCGGGAUGCAGGGCCAGCAGGCCGCGCAGACGCUGGCGGUGUCCUCCAACCUGCUGUUCGACAACUACAAGGCCCUGUCGGGCGUUCUGGGUGGCGGUGAUCCAUUGAAAAGAGGACUUUUGCAGCAAGCAGGAACCGUUGAACACACGCCACCUGGAGGAGUAGGCUCGCCAGACAGCCCUGACCUUCAGGCACCAAACUCGGAGGAACAGAUCCUUCGAACACAAAAGAAGAGGGAAAAGAACCGAAUUGCCCAGCAGAGGUUCAGGCUGCGGCAGAAGCAACUGGUGUCCGAUCUGCAGGACGAGCUGUCGAAGAAGUCCAGGGAGAUUGAUGACCUACGGCAGACCAGAAGCCAGGUUGAGGAGGAGAACAAGGUAUUGAGGAAGGCCCUGGAACAGAUGGAUGUCGAUGUUGAAAAGGUGCUGCAGUACACUGAGAGUCCGCAGCCUCAGUUGGAAGACCUGCCAUCAGUUGCACCUGCCAUUAAGCAGGAGGAUGACAGCUCUCAGUCUAAAGGGGAUGACUCCAUGAGCAGGGAUCCCAUUGAUGCACUGGAACCUGUCAACAGCCCUGAACUUUUGUGA